CCCGCCCCCGGGGCGCUCCAUCGGCGAGUCAGUGGGCCGGGACUCACUGUGCCUCCGGCCUCGGCAUGGGGAACGCCAUCAGGGCCCUGGUGGCCUUCGUCCCCACCGACUGCUGCCAGAGCUACGUAGUCAGAGACCUCCGGGAGAUGCCAACGGACAAGAUGGUGGACCUGAGUGGGAAGCGGCUCCACCGCUUCCCCGCGCACGUGUGCUCCUUCCAGGAGCUGGUCAAGCUCUACCUGAGUGACAACCGCCUCAACAGCCUGCCUCCUGAGCUGGAGCAGCUCCAGAAUCUGCAGAUCUUGGCCCUGGAUUUCAACAACUUCAAGGCUCUGCCUCAGGUGGUGUGUACUUUGAAACAGCUCUGCAUCCUCUACCUGGGUAACAACAAACUUUGCGACCUCCCCAGUGAGCUGAGCCUGCUCCAGAAUCUCCGGACCCUGUGGGUGGAGGCCAACUGCCUCACCCAGCUGCCAGAUGUGGUCUGUGAGCUGAGGCUCCUUAAGACGCUGCACGCCGGCUCCAACGCCCUGCGUCUCCUGCCAGGCCAGCUCCAGCGCCUCCAGGAGCUGCGGACCAUCUGGCUCUCAGGCAACCUGCUGACUGACUUCCCUGCUGUGCUGCUGCACAUGCCCUUCCUGGAGGUGAUCGAUGUGGACAGGAACAGCAUCCGUUACUUCCCCAGCCUGGCCCACCUGUCAAGUCUGAAGCUGGUCAUCUAUGACCAUAAUCCUUGCAGGAAUGCACCCAAGGUGGCCAAAGGUGUGCGCCGUGUGGGAAGAUGGGCAGAGGAGACGCCAGAGCCCGACCCCAGGAAAGCCAGACGCUAUGCCUUGACCCAGGAGGAAAGCCAGGAUGGAGAGGCACCUGCUCUGCCUUCUCUACUUCUUCCUCCCAACUCCUGAAAAGCUUCAGCUGUCAGUCAAGGCCAAGGACACAACCCCAGUGUCUUCUGGACACCUCUCCUUUAGAGUGCAAAGGAUUGCUCUGGGAUAUGUGGGGUGCCUCUGCCAGUGGGGGCUGAUCAAGUGAGAAGAAAUGCCUCAACCACACCAAGAAGAAAAAAUUUCUGGCCAACAUCUCUCCCAAAGCGAAGCUGUGUGCUCUGGGUAGCAUGAGGACUUCUUUGCAAGAAAAUCAGCUUCUCCAAACAGCUAUUUUGAAACACUGAAGAGUAAGAAGGGCCGGGACAUUUUGUCCUUCUCCACUCUCCAGAAGUGGCUGGUCAAGAUGCUCAUGAACGCCUCAAUUAGGGUAUUUACUAAAGAAUUCGCCUGGCUCCAGCCCUUUGCAGGAUAUAUUGUGUUACUAUGAAUGACCAUAAGUGAUAUGAAAAUACUAUUAAUUCGGGCUGCUUAUAAAAGACAUUUUUACCUCCUCAGUCAGACUCACAACACAACUCUGUGCUGUUGCAAAGGCUCAAGAUGAAGCUUCUUCCCUCCAGCUCAGUGCAUGCUGUGAGAAGACCCGAUGGAAAAUGCCUCCUGGUGGAGUCCGGCUGCCACUUUACACUUAGAGGUUCAUGCUGACUUAGCUGGUUUUCCCUAGAGGGUAUGACCCAAGAUCUGCUCUCAACUGCUUCCUGUUACCACAAUGCUAGAAGUCAUCUAGAAAGUAGAACCCCUUGUUGGCAAUGUGGUCUUAUUAAAAUCAAGCCCAGUUGUAAUCCUGUCUGCCUCUGCAGAGUCCCUGUUUAUUCACAUUAACAAAGCAGAGCUGAACUGAAUCCCUUUCCAUUGAGGGAAACAUUUCCAGAGCCGUUAUUAGAAUAAAGGCAGUAGGUGAAAAAUGUUUAUUUGAACCAAGCAUCUGGAAAUCUGAGUUGCAGGUUGUGGUAUACAUAGGACGCUUCUGCCUCUAGCCGCAGCUUCUCAGCCUUUGCUCUGAUUUCUGUUGA